AUGGAAGGGCUCGUCCCGGCCGAAUUGAGAAGAGAAAGUGAUAAUGAGCAAAUUAGAGAAGAAAAAUUAAUUGAAAUUAUUCAACAAUUGCGGUUGAAGAAGAUUGUUGAUGUUCAGCUGGAAAUUUUGCCUUCAGCUCAAGAACCAGUCCAAUUCUAUUCCGAAAAUGGCCAGAACUUCAUUGGCAUCACCAAAUCUGCUCUCCGAAAGCUCCUCCGUCACCACCUUCCCUCAAAUUCCUGGCUAGAAGCGAUUUUUCUCCCUCAAUCUGAACGAUUUUGGCGCCGUCUUCGAAAAGCCCCCAAUUCUGACACUUCCUGGCAACUGCUCAUUUCCCGUCUGGCUCUAGAAGUUCUUCCCAAAGCUCUUGAACCCUUCGCUCAUCGCCGCUUUCUCCUAAAAAAGCAGCCACUGACGGAAAAGCUCGUCAAAUCAGAAUGGGACUUGGUGUACCGCUGCGCCGACCUUCACCGAGCUAACUAUCACGCCUGGGAGCAUGUGCGCUCGGUCGUCUAUGACAGCGACGGCAAAAAGCACGCUUCCUUCACCGACAAAGUCAUUGUCCUUGUGCCGGAACCAGGAGCGUCGGAAAUCGACCCAGAGCAGCUCUGGAACGCGAUAAGAAAUGUGAUCAAAAGUGCUGUUGAUUGGGCAAAAGAGCAGAAAAUCAAGCUCGAAGGAAUCGGAAUGUCGCUGCAAAGAAACACGGGAACUUUUUGGGAUCGAGAAAGUUUUAAACUUUGCCACAACUUCAUUACAUGGCAGGAUGUACGGUGCAAAAGGAUUGUCGACAGCAUCAAUUCUUCAUACAGGUUGAUGAUGUUAAACAAAUCUUCAUCCCUUCUUCACUUCUUUGCCAAGCCGUUUACGAGGAGAUUCCUCGCUGGCGCUGUGGUCAAAACAAAGACAGGAAUGACGGUACCUCGCUUGCUAUGGCUCAGAGAGAAGCUGGGCAUCAAGAAGGAAACGGAACAAGGCAGGAUCGUUUGGGGCUGUCUCGAUUCAUGGAUCAUUCGAAAAAUGAACGCUGGCAACCUAAACGAGCACAUUUCUGAAAUCACUAAUUCAACUGGCUCCGGUGUCUACGACCCCUUCACCAUCGGCUGGUCCCCAAUCGUACUCGCUGUGAUGGGCAUUUCGGUCAAUUGCCUUCCCCGCGUCGUACCGACUUGCGGCUCCCAAUUCGGCAGAUUCGAAGAGUUCGGACUUCCGAUUCUCGCAAUUGCUGGUGACACCAACGCUGCCAUGUUCGGUGAAAGAAUGAUCAGUGUCGGCGAUUGCAAGAUCACGAUGGGCACUGGCGCUUUCGUCGACCUCAACACCGGCUCUGAACCGUACCCCUCCGUCAAGGGCGCCUACCCGCUCGUCGGCUGGCAGCUCGAAGAAGGCGGUAACAUCACCUACCUCGCAGAAGCCGACGACAACGCCUGUGGCGCCGCAGUAGAGUGGGGUGCGCGAAACGGCUUCUAUCCUUCGCCAAAAGACUCCGAAGCCGUCGCCCGCGAGGUCAACCACACGGCAGGAGUUCACUUCAUUCCUGCUCUCUGGGGACUGAGCUCGCCGAUAAACGAUCCAACCGCGAAAUGCGCUUUGCUGGGGCUUGGACCGGACACUUCAAAGCAUCACUGCGCCAGGGCGAUUUUGAACUCUGUUGCUUUCAGAUCUGUUCAGCUAGUGGAAACUCUGCACAGCGAGACUGAAAUCGAUCUACGCUCACUGACGAUCGAUGGCGGCGUUUCGAAAAACAACCUGAUCUGUGAGAAGAUCGCAACUUUGACGAACAAGCAGCUCCGUCGCCCGGUCGACGUCGAGGCCUCGGCCCGUGGCGCCGCUUACUUCGCCGGAAUCAGCUGCGGCAUUUGGAAGGAAUCGACGCUGCCAGAGCCUGAAUUGAAGGACACUGUCGAACCGAGCUACAACGAGCGCGACUGGAGCGUCACAGAGUUUAGCCACUGGCAGGGGUCGAUCAGAAGAGUCCUCAAAUGGCAGCAAUUAGAGGCGGAAGCCGUUGAUGACUGUCUCUCUGUCCAUACAACCGAUUAG